ACCAGCCGGAGGAGGAAAAUGGAGAGUCUUAACCUUAACGCCAGCGACGCAACGUCACUUCCUGCCAGUGUCUGCUUGUGUGGUUCUCAGGCUGCUGAAAUGGCUGCCGUGGCUCUGCUGGAGACUCCCACUGGGAAAGAUGCUAUCGCCGAGGGACUGCUCGACCUCUUGAAGCCAGCUGUCCAGCAGCUCGACCUGCAUGUACACUCAGUGAGGGAGAGCCAGGUAGAACUGAGAGAACAUAUAGACAAUCUGGCAACAGAGUUGUGCAGGAUAAAUGAACACCAGAAGGUGGCGUUAGACCUGGACCCUUAUGUUAAGAAGCUGCUCAAUGCAAGACGCAGGGUAGUGCUGGUGAACAACAUACUGCAGAACGCUCAGGAGCGCCUGAGGAGGCUCAACCACAAUGUGGCCAAGGAGACGGCACGAAGAAAGACCAUGCUGGAGGCUUCAGGAGUGUUCACCUCACGCUCCCCCAGCAAACCCUGACCUGCUCCUCCAGCUCCUGUGGAGACAAGGCUGUCUGAACUGCCCUGAGUUUUUCCCACCCCACCAGGAGGGGUACAUCAGUACAGGACCCUGCAGCAAAGGGGAGAUGAGCCUUACUCUGACCUUUUAGUUUUGUUUGCUCUUAUGCUUAUGCUUGUUGUCCUCCACUGCUCCGUCUGAUGUGAUCUAGUGUAAAAUCCAGCUGUCACAAAUCAGGAUGCUUUGUCAGAGAAUGGGAUACAUUUUGAUGGGUAACUACAGUAUCACAGGGUAGUUGUCAUGCAUUGCUUGUGUUACACAUCUGGCCACAAGAGGGCGAUGCUUAUCUUAUAUUUUCAGCUUAUUAGCGUGACCAGGGCAAUCAGGUGUCCUGUACCUCUGAGGGAAAGCUAGUCAGUUAAAGAAUUCAUGUACAUUCAUUCCUACAGUAAAGGACAGACAAAGGAUAUUUCAGCCCAUGAACAAAAUGUCAGGAAAUACUGGACCUGCAAUGUCACUGAGAUGUAAAAUCUGGAGCCCCUCCAUGAAGAUAGACUUGAAAUGGAAAUGGAAAAGGUAACAGUGAGAGCAUCUAGAGGGACUGUCUGCUUGAAAACUGAUAACACUGCUGCCUGAAUGUCAUGUGGAAAUAAAGUUCAAGCAUUGUGUGGGAACUUGGAUUUGGUCUCUGCUGUAUUGUUCAACGGAGCAAACCCAGUUGAUGUUAAAUAUUUGUGUCCUAUAGGAACAUGCCAGUGAUAGUGCUUGUUUAGUGUAAUAUCUACAAAAUUUAUAUGUUUACAGUUUCUGAUAAACAUUUCCCAAAGCUAACAGUCAUAUUUUACAUAUCAUCAAUAAUCAGUGAGUCAGUGUGUAUCAUCAAUAUCAUUUUCCUGCCUUUUAUCCAGCCGUUGGUUUCCUUUCAUUCCACUAUGACAUAAAAAUGAAGAACACAGCAUCAGACUGCUAAUUUUCUGGUAAUUUUGUAUAACUAAUGUUUUACUAAUUUUCAAAUUGCCCCUUUCCACUCACGUGUUUGAAUGAAAUCAAAGGAAUCUGCCCAGUUUUCAAAGGGUUGAUUUUAAAAUAAAUCUUUAAAUACUAUGAAUUGUCACAUCAACAUAACAAAAAAAGAAUGAGUGAUUAUCUUAAUAUGAUGUUACAAUCUCACUUCACAAUGUUCAAAAUUGGCCUCUGAACACUAAUACUUCAUUUGAACACAAAUAUAUUUUCUUAUCAGGGUACUGUUAAGAUCUUUUCAGAUGGUGGUCCACAGCUCACUGAAAGUCAACUUUGGGUUCCAGAGCAUGAAAAAGUUUGAAAACCCCUGAUCUAAUGGACAGGUCAAUAAAUUCUACAUGCCUGAGUCUGAGCUACUCCACUGAGAAAAAGUGCAGACAUCAUUCUCUGCUCCUCUACUGUAAGGAUAAUUCAUUUGUAACUCAUGGCAGGCCCCAGUAAAGAGGGGGUAAAACAUUUCCUCACACCAACUGAUAGAAACACCUGAUUUCAUUUCUACUUGUUCUGGCAUUUAAAACACUGUCCUGAAGUCCUCCUUUUGUUUAGAUGGAAACACUGUGGAUCCUUAUCAAUAUGCAAAAUGUUGUCUUUCAGCUCAAAUGAUGACAAUCAGGUGAUUACGUAUUAAUUGUGAUAGGCCUAAUUACUUAGUGAUAUUCAUUAUCACGUAGUUGAAUUGUUUAGAAUGAAUAAAUGUACAUGUAAUACAUACAUGUAAUGUCACAGUGUCAUUUGCCGUCUCUACAAAUAUUAAAAUUGUAUCUGACUUUUGCAAGCAGUUUGAACUGUA